UAACUUCUUAUUUUGCCUUUGAUGUUUUAGAAGAACAUUUUGCAUAGUGAAGGAGCUUGAUUAGGGCAGUGAUGUACAACAGCAGUUACUCUCAGGCCAACGUUGGCUUGGCUGCCAAGAAGAUGCACAAGUCGAAAGGCAAGAGCUGUGGUUACUACAUGAAGAUUGUCUUCUUUUUCUCCUCACUCAUCCAGUCUCUGAUCAUCGCAAGUCUGGUGCUCUUUCUGGUGUAUGGACAGCCCAAGCACACGGUGGAGGAAAAGAGGCUGCAAGAGUUGGACCAAAGCUUUAGCAAACUCACGAUGGAAAAUUUCAUUCUCCGCGGGAAGGAAAAGAACCUCACCAAAGUUCUGAAUGUCACUCUCACUGCAAAGCUGAACAAUGACAAAGCUCUGGCUGAAUUACGCAGACUGGCGAACACCUCAUCUGUGGCAAUAAGGAGCAUGCAAGGAACAAUUUCUCGAUGUGAGAUGGAAAAAAGAAUGGCUGCUCCCCGCGCAUGCCCUUCUACUUUCUGUCCAGAUUCAAAUGAUAAAUAUUUGCAAAGUAGGCUCCAGCAGUCAGAGGAAAUGCUAAAGCUGGUUAAAGCAAACUUUACUCAGAUGGUGGCCAUUGUGAGAACUGAGCUGGACAACUCCAACAAAGACAAGGAUGGGUAUCACUUGGAAACUAUUAGACUAAGGAGAGAAAAUGCAUUGGUUAAAGAUGAGCUCGCCUUGUACGAAAAGAAGUGCAAAGAGGAUUUUGUCACUUCUUUACAAGGAAUCCCCAACGUCACCAAUGAAUUCCUCAAAAGAAUUGAUGACCUCUUCUCAAAACAUAUUUCUUUCCAGCUAACGUGUGAUAAACAAAAAAAUCAGCUUGAAGACAUUCGGGAAAACUGUAGCAGUCUUUCAAGACAAGUCGAGAACAAGCUCCAGUCAUAUCUGGACAUAGUGGGGAACCAGUUCACAAGAAUUAAUGGGGAAAAUGCCAAAUAUAUGAUAGACAACAAACGCCUGAAAGAGGACGCUAUGUGGUGCAAUCAGAAUCGCAGUGCCAUGAUUAAAGAGUGUCACAAAACUCUUAAUCAACAACAGCUCAAGAAUGACCAAGACAGAGAAAAACUUCUGUUGGAGAAAGGAAAACUACAAGGUGAUAACAAACUAAAAGGCGAGCUCAUCUCUUUAAGAGAAAAAGAAAUUAAAACGCUCACAAUCACCGUUGAGAAUCUCAAUACUUCACUUGCCAACUGUAAGCCGCCAAUGCGAACUAACCCACACAUGCCAAACAUACCAAAUACUGGUUGGACUGGUAUGAGUUCAGCAGGUCUGAACAAACCAAACAUGCCAUGGACCGGAGCCGGCUCCACUGGAUCAGCAUUUCCCAGUCUGUAUGGUGGAUCAAGCACAAGAUGGGGCAGCACAGGAACAGGUGUGACAGGUUCAUUAAAUACAGCUGUAGGGGGGACAGGGACCCUUUCAGGUGGACUGGGCAGCACAGGAUUAGGUGGGCCAGGAUCAACUAGAACAAGUCCAGCCCAGACAGGGACAAGCAGUUUGGGAGGAGUAGGACCAGGGUCGGCAGGAUUUGGCAGUGCUGGGUCAAGUUCUACUGCGACUGGACAAAGUGGAAUAGGGUUGACAUCAUUUAAUAGUGCAGGAUCAAGUGGAGUAGGGAUUGGAAAACCAGCGGUAGGAGGUGCAGGUGUUAGCUCACUCGGGUUUAACACACCUGGAUUUGGAGCAGGAACAAGAACACCAACGGGUGCAAAUGAAUUAAGCCAAGCACAGAUCAGUCUUCUUUUGAAGGAGCUGCAUCGUUAUUCAGGUUGAGGGAUUGAACAAAGUCCAGGCAAAUAUCCCAGCCAGAACUGUCUACAAUGGUUUGAAAAUAGAAAACCUAAAUGUACUGACCCUGCAAAUCUGUGAUGUAAAUACUAAUUAUUAACAUGAAUAUUAAUUAGAUUUUGUGGGAUGAAGUUGAUAAUGUCUUUUGUGCAUUAAAGGGAUAGUUCACCCAAAAAUGAAAAUUCUGUCAUCAUUUACUUACCCUCAUGUCGUUCCAAACCAACUGUUUGAUUACCAGCAAUCUUCAAAAUAUCUUCUUUUAUGCUCAA